GGCAGCCUACCACAGGGGACAACCAACUCCACAGCGCGGCAGCUGCAGGCACCAUGAACCAUCAGGAGCAGCCAGAGGAGGAGGCCCCUGGGGACGAGACGUGCCCCAUCUGCCUGGGCCGGCUGUCCAGCACGGCUCGUGUGGACCCCUGCAGGCACUCCUUCUGCCUGGGGUGCAUCCUGCCCUGGGCCACUCGAAGAGCCACCUGCCCACUGUGCCGCGGGCGUAUUGGGACCAUCGCACUCGUGGUGCCGCCCGCCCAGCACGACGCCUCGCCCCGCCGGCCCCGCCGGGGAUUGCAGCGCAACGCGGGGCUGGAGCGGCAGCAGCAGCAGCAGCAGCGGCAGAGGAGCCCCUCCAGCUACCGCUCGCGCAGCGUCUCGCCACGGCGCAGGGAGCGCAGCCCCGCCGAAGCACGACGGCUCGUCCGCAGCCGCUCCUGGCACUCGGAGCAGGACGGGCACAGGCUGCCACGGUCCCUGCAGUACCCCGACGCCGAGGACAUAGCCGAGUACAUCGCCUGGCUACGUCGGGUCCAACUGGAGGAGCCGGGGUCUGGCGACCACGCGGGCCGCCACGCCAGGCCCCGCAACUGAGCAGCGACCGGGCCUCACCUGGGGACGGGCUGGGGGUGGCAGCCACAAUUACCCCAGGAAUAAAUUAUGACUUUUCC